UUAAAUUUCAUAGCUGGCUAGCGACCAUGUUUAUUUCUUUUCUCAUGUUCUUCUUCUUCUUCAUUUGUCGUUGUUCAUCAUCUAACAUCAAUUCUGUGAUUCCAUCACCUUCUCAUCAUGCAUGGAAUCGCCUUGAAAAACUAGUAAAUGCUAGGAAAGGAAAUCGUGUUGAAGAGAUUGUUGAGCUGAAAAAAUACUUUCACCAAUUUGGGUACUAUCAUCAUCAUCAUCAUCAUCACUCUUUGCUUCCUAAGCAUCAUCAUGAUCUGAAAUUAGAUUUCACAGAUGAAUUCAAUGAUGAUUUAGAAAGAAUGGUAGCUCAUUACCAACGAAAUUAUAAUCUACCCAUAACAGGUAGCCUUGAUCCAACUACACUUUCCAUGAUCAUGUCUCCUAGGUGUGGUAUGCCUGACCAUCACAUGAUCAUGAUGAAGAAUGUUAAAAGGUCGUCUUCGUCAUUAUUAUCACACCAUGUUCAACACUACUUAUAUUUCCCAGGGCAGCCAAGAUGGACUAAGGAAAUACCUAUCACACUUACAUACGCAUUUUCUGAACAGCACAUGAUUCCUACAUAUUUGAGCUUACGUGAUAUAAAAGCCGCAUUUGAGCGUAGUUUCUCGAAAUGGGCCUCAGUCAUUCCUAUCAAGUUUGUGGAAACAGAAGAUGUUGAUUUUGCUGAUAUAAAAAUAGGAUUUUAUAAUGGUGAUCAUGGAGAUGGAGAGUCUUUUGACGGGGUUUUAGGGGUUUUGGCUCAUGCAUUCUCACCUGAAAAUGGAAGAUUUCAUCUAGACGCAGCUGAAAGAUGGACAAUUGAUUUUGAUAAGGAAGAUUCAAGCGUUGCAAUUGAUUUAGAAUCUGUUGCAUUGCAUGAGAUCGGUCAUUUGUUGGGUUUAGCUCAUAGUAAUGUGAAGGAAUCAGUAAUGUACCCAAGUUUGAAGCCUAGAGAACAGAAACUGAAGUUGAAGUUUGAUGAUAUUAAGGGAGUUCAAUAUCUUUAUGGUUCCAACCCCAACUUCACUAUUGGAGCUUUGUUACAAUCUGAGACUUCUUCCUCUCAUCGUCAAAUAUUUCAACUAAUUGCCUCAUCUUUUAUCAUUCUAAUCAUCCAUUAUUUAUGCUAAUUUUCUUUUUGUUGAAAAUACUGAUGAUCAUAUAUAUGUACAUUUUUAUAUAGUAUGUCGAAUAGCUUGUUUUUGCUCGGCUUAAAGUUUAGAGGAUGGAUGAGGUCCUACGUACUCUCAACAUUAUUUCUUUAUUCUUCAUAUGUAGUAUUUGGUGAUUAUAAUAAUAUACACCAUAAAAAUUUAC